AUGAAAACUUUACUAGGACAAAUUCUCUCUGUCCUAGUAACUGCACAGUUUGCUCUAGGAAGUUUUGCCAAUGGCUUCAUAAUUCUGGUGAAUUGUCCUGACUGGAUCAAGAAACGAAAAAUCUCCUUAGUGGAUCAGAUUGUCACAGUGCUGGCAAUCUCCAGAAUUGGGUUUCUCUGGGUAGCGUUAAUAGUUUGGUACACUGCUGAAUACAAUUCAGCUUUAAAUGGCAUAACAGUAUUUCGAAUUACUAUUAAUAUUACCUGGACAGUGAGUAGCCAUUUUACUAGUUGGCUUGCUACCAGCCUCAGUAUACUCUAUUUACUGAAGAUAGCCAAUUUUUCUAGCUUGUUGUUUCUUUACCUAAAGUGGAGAGUUAAAUGUGUACUUCUUGUUAUAUUGUUGGGAAGUUUGAUCUUUUUGGUUUUUCAACUUAUAGCAAUAAGCAUGUAUGAGAAUGUGGUAUCUAAUGAAAAGGAAGAAAACAUGACUUGGAAGACUAAACCGAGGUACUUUGUACAGGUUUCAAACUUCACAAUAUAUUUGGUAUCAAUCCUCAUCCCCUUUAUCAUGUCCUUGAUAUCUCUUGUGCUGUUAAUCUUUUCUCUGUGGAAACAUCUCAAGAAGAUGCAGCUUAGUGGCAAAGGAUCCCAAGAUCACAGCACCAAAGUCCACAUCAGAGCCUUGCAAACGGUGGUUUCUUUUCUCUUCCUAUUUGCCAUUUACUUCUUUGAUACAAUCAUCUCACUUUGGAAUUUUGAUAAGAUGCUGAACAAACUGAUCCUCAUGUUUUGCAAUGCUCUCGUAAUCCUGUAUCCUUCGAGUCACUCAUUCAUCCUGAUAUGGGGAAACAAGAAGCUAACACAGGCCUUUUUGUCAUUUUUGUGGCAGCUGAAGUUCCAGCUCAGAGAAAGGAGUAAGUUGGGGGUAGUGAGUCUUUAA